UCCUAUGAAGGUAUGCUUUCCGGGGGUUGUUAGGCAGUGAAGAUUUUUCCGAGGCAACAUGGCGACCGUUUUAGGUGUUGGAAGAAUUAGCCUAAAAACAAGGAUAUUUACACCCCAGGUUUGAUGAACAUUUACCUACAUAAAUCACAAACUAUUUGUACAAUCUCAUAUAUUUUGUGGGAAAAUAUUCAAUUUUGUGGACACAGUUAAAAUUGUUUUUGUGGGUUAUAUUUCACUAAUUUCAGUAUAAAUAUUUUGUACAUUUGUUUACAUUUGUUUGUGCUUUGUAGUUGUUCAAACUGGUUCCGGUUGUCCAAGGAAGAUGUGUAUCGGAUAAAAGUUCUGGGCCAAGCCAAAAAGCUUCCAGUAUGUUUUAUAUUUAUAUACUGUUCAUUCACUGGCAGCAUUGUAUGAAACACUGAAUCAAUAUUAAAGAGAUGAUCUCAUAAUCCUUACUGGAUGUAAAUAUCCAGUAUAAAUAAAGUUAAUUCAGUUUUCCUCCUGUAGUAACACUGGAUCAAUAAGAGACGAUUCUUACUGAACCUCUAGAGAGAACAGUUUAGAUUUCCUCCUGUAGUAACGCUGGAUCAAUAAGAGAUGAUCCUUACUGGACCUCUAGGAAGAUCAGUUUAGAACUGAUAGAGCUAUCCAGUAUAAAUAAAGUUUGUUUAGUUUAGGAUUCCUUCUGUAAUAACACUGGAUCAAUAAGAAUGAUGAUUCUUACUGGACCUCUAGGGAAAACAAUGUAGAACUGAUAGAGCUAUCAAGUAUAAAUAAAGUUAGUUUAGGUUUCCUGCUGUAGUAACACUGGAUGAACGAGAGACAAUCCUUACUGGACCUCUAGGAAGAACUGUUUAACUCUGAAUAAUCGACCCCUGUACAUAAAUCCUAACUUCUCAUUGUUAUAUUUCUAGACAAAACAGCCAAGCAAGAAUCGUCUACAGAACAAGCUUCGUACAAAGUGCCAGAGUAUUAUUCGCACACUAUUGACACUUAUGCUGAUAUGGAAAUAGAAAUGGCCAGUCAUCGACAGUCGCAACCCGAUCCACGAGUCCCCUAUCAUCACCACUACCCGUGGGAAAAGUCUUCGUAAAAAUAAAGAAUUUGCUUUGUGAAGAACUUGUCUAAAGAACUUGUUUUGAAUUUGAAAUGCAGUAUAAGAAGGAAGAUUAAAACAUUUUAACUUGCAGCAGUUAUGUGGCAGUUUUUGCACGAGUAUCUUGAACUCGUGAGAUAAUAACUUUUCAAAAUAUCACAGAAAGAUAAAAUACAAUGUUUUGUAGCAAGUUUCAUUGCAAUAAAGUUUUGUAUGACAAUGGUGAAUGGUCCAGUGAAGGUAUUCUACAGUAUAAUAAGCUGUUGUGCUUUGCUACUUUUAAAUGUAUCUUUUUCAGGCGUGCUAUUGGACGCAUUGCGAGUUCAUUGGUUACCCAUUGAGCGGCAGUGCUCUCUCCUGGACAAGUAAAAUUGUCUGGUGUUCGACCGAGUAAAAUAAUAAAUUUAUUUCUUGUUUUUAUUUUUCAUGGAUAUAUACAAAAGGUUAAUCUGAUUAAUUUUGCUAUGUUUCAGACGUUUUAAAUGUCUGUGUUCAGGCGACAACUGUUGUUAACGUUAUUGGUCGAAUGUUACAACAGUUGUCGCCUGAAGAUGGACAUUUAAAAUGUCCAAAUUGUAGCAAAAUUAAUCAAAUUAACCUUGAAAAAUAAAAACAAGAAAUAAAUUAUGAACAACAAAGUUUUUAGAAACAAGAUUAAAGAUAAAAUAAUAAAGUAGGGCGCAAUGCAACUUAAUGGGUUAACUACUGUAGACACAUGGGCAAAUAUUCUGAUUUACCCAUGAAUGCCAGCCAUGCCCAAUGCCUUGAUGAGUAAAAUUGUCUGGCAUUAGACAGAGUGAAACAAUAAAGCAGGGGGCAACUCCACAUUGAAAUAUGCAUUAGAUAUCUUUGAAAUUUCAAGAUUUAUUUAACAGUCCAUGACAAACAUAUAUAUAAUACACUAAAUACUUUAAAUUCUGCUUACAAACUGUAAUAUAUUUUAAUGAUAUUUAUCUUUUUUUCCGAUCUGUUCUUGGCCAAAUAACCACAAAACAUUGGAUUUAUUUCGGGCAGAGACAAAAAAUAAUAGAGGGUGUAAUGGGGCAAUCGCAACUGGUCUGCCGGUGUACAAAUUUGUGGUUGUUUGAUAAUGACAGAAUAAAAACCAUUCAAAAUCUCCAUGACUUGUCAGACUAUAUACAUGGGUUAUUAAUUUAAAAAUUCUAAAAUUAUAUAAAUAAUCCAAGAAGUUGAGCUUCUACUAUCCUAUAUUACCCUCUGUAAUCCAUCAGCAAUGAAGAACCUUUAUGCAUUGUAAUCCAUUAUCAUCCACUGAUAUCCAUAGCUAUCAAUCACACACCAUCACUGACUGCUAUUCCUCAAUAUAACCAUUUGUUAUCGAUUAUUAUAUCCCUACCAAAUAUUGAUUAUUAAACUUUCUGAGGUUCGUCAGAAUAGGUCACAACUCCGACCAAUUCAAUUGUGUUUCUUUUUAGCUUCAUCAUUCUAUGUUUUGCUUUGCGAUGUCUCCUGAAAAUGUGAAAAAAAAAUUUAUACAAACCAAAUUAGCACAGCAU